AUGGCCGCCGCUCUCACCCUCCAGUCCAAGCAGAAGCUUCCCAACGGCUACGAAAUCCCCGUGCUGGGAUAUGGUGCCGAGGAGGUCGUUAUUGAGGCCUUGAAGGUUGGCUACCGCCAUAUCGACUCGGCCGCCUCGUACAAGAAUGAGGCAGGCUGCGGAAGCGCCAUUCACAAGACCAAGGACGUCCCUCGGUCCGAGAUCUUCUUCACCUCCAAGGUCCGCCAUAUCAACUAUGAUGGUGCCAAGACCCAGGUUGAGAAGACCCUCAACGAGACCGGUCUCGAUUACAUUGACCUGAUGUUGCUUCACUGCCCUUACGGCGGUUCCCAAGGUCGCAAGGGCGCCUGGAAGGCUCUUGUCGAGGCUCAGGAGGCCGGAAAAGUCCGGUCCAUCGGCGUCAGCAACUACGGCGUGCACCACCUUGACGAGCUUGAGACGCACAUCAAGGAGCUGGAGGCGGAGCGUGGGGCCGGCAAGGGUGGCGUCAUCGCCGUCGCACAAUACGAGAUUCACCCGUGGUGCGCGAGAAACGACAUUGUCCAGUGGCUCCAGAAGCGCAACGUCGCCAUCGAGGCAUACAGCCCGCUGGUCAGGGGAGAGCGAUGGGGCGAAAAGAACCUCAAGGCCCUCGCCGACAAGCACGGCAAGUCCGAGGCUCAGGUCCUGCUGCGAUGGAGUCUGCAAAAGGGAUACAUCCCCCUGCCCAAGAGCGUCACCCCCGCGAGAAUCCUGGCCAACACCGAGGUCUACGACUUUGAGCUGUCGGACGAGGAUAUGAAGUCGCUCGAGACGGACGAGUACGCGCCAGUCUGUUGGGACCCGACUGUCAGCCCCUUGGACGGACCCCAGGAUGGUUGA